AUGGAUCCUCAUUCUGAGCUUCGCGGGCCCGUGGCUCCUAUGUGCAUUACCUGCUCACAAGCAUGUGAGAGAAAGAAUGGUCGUUGGGUGUGCAUCAACUGUGACCUUGCCUAUAAGUAUGAUCAAGGAGAUCUCAAAAUAGUGUCCCAGGACAGUCCCACUACCUAUGGUAACGGGGUAGUCUCCCGGCCUCUUCCGGGAGCGCAAGAGCAAGGCCAUGAAUCUCCCUCUCCCUGUCUCCCUAAGACAGCAGACGAAUGUGAGAACCACAAAGCCUGGACUCUCCCAUAUGUUGUCGAACAGGACAGCCCUUCGAGUCAUGAUCGGACUAGGGAUGGCUCUGUGCCCACACUUUCUCAAGUGUAUGCCUUCCAAGGAAGCUGUGACAGUGUUGACCACGGCUGGCGGGUUGUGGAUAAUGGCCCAAGCCAGGAGAGAGCUGAACCAAACGAAUCCUAUGAACCGAUGGACCUCGAUAGCGAUGAUGAGGAACCUAACGACGAGGCGUUUCACUCCUGGAUCGAUGAAACAACGAGACCGGGAAUGAACGGGAGACAAAGAGACAUUAGUCACGUCUUGGAUCGAGUCGCCUUUCUUGGUCUGGAUCGAGACACUUCUUCGAUCGCACUCCAAGACGACAUGAUGCUCGAAAUUUCCGACGACACAGAUAUGGAGGAGUGA